CUGCUAGAAAGCGUUGAGAAUCCGAUCAAUUUCGUGCUGGAAUUUUUCGAGUGAACAUCUAGAUUUUGGCACGAACCGGGUUAUAUAACUUAGUGCCCCAGUGCCAGCACUAGACAACACCUCAACAAAAGUGAAAGGACCAGGCUUGUAUAAUAUUGGAUUUUUGCUUUAUUCGUAACGUAAUAUCGUUAGUGCAUAACUGUAUGUGGCCAUUUAACCAGCACACGUGAUCCUCGCAAAAUUUCAAAACUCUACAAGUGUUAACCUAGUCUAGUCAAAAUGAAGUGUAUCGUAAGUACCGCGUGUGUUUUGAGUGUUUUGGUUGCUGUUAGUUUUGCCGCCCCAUAUUUCCCCGCACAGUUCUCAGCGUCCUCUAACCUCCAGAUAGGAGGAGGCGGCGGCUCUACGAGUGUCGCUGCAAGUGGUACUGCAUCCACUGGCACUAGCACGUCCGGAGGAGGUUUAUCAGAUAUUUUAGGAAGCAUUGAUAUUCCGGGCUUGUUGCGAAGUGUGAACAGUAUAGUGAAACUUGUUGGCGUCUUCUGUCCGCCGUUAUCGCAGGUGCUCGAUAACGUGAUUCAGAACGUGACCAGUACGGCGUUUCGAGUCUUUGGCCGUGUUAUCCUCAGAGGCGGCUUGGGUGGAGGAAGUGGUGGGAGCAGUGGGGGUAGUACUGCGUCCAGAGUCAAUGUUGUCUUGCCCACUUAUCCACCCGACGAAGACGAAGAUUACGAGGAUGAGGAAGCGACAAGUCCCGCUGAUAAUGUCGAUUUGAGGAUUUCUCAGUCGACCUCUGCCACCCAAACGGGCCAGACUGUGGUAAACACAACCUCAACACUGUACACUUCAGCUGCCAGCGACGACGAAAACACGGUCGCGAAAAGGCACGUGAGGGUGGUUCGAGCAGCAGAAAAGGAAGAAGCUGCAGAGGAAGAGGAAGAGGAGGAUCAAGAUGGGGCCGAAUCGGCACCGCAGCCCGCUGAAGACCUAUCGAACGUUGACGCCGACGACACCGACCGGAACAAGAGAUACUCUCCCUUCGGAGGCGCGGAGCAUCAUGGCGGAGCCGGAUCAGGAAAUUUCUUGUUUGAUAUAAUCCGGAACACGGCGGACAGGGCUGCUCGUACAGUUGGCACUGUCUACAGGAUGGUUGCUGGCACUGAGAAUUUGGGAUGGGGUUUGACGACCAACGCGAAGACUUCCCAGACCAUAACACCUUACGGGGCUGCUUCUCCAGCAAAGCUCGUCGCCGGAUCUGGGGCCACUGAAGAAUCCGACGAGAAGAUCGGCGCUGGAGGUGUUGCAGAGAUCGACAUUGCGAAGGGGGCUGGAGUGGAGCACCAUGGCGAGGGAAUCCCCGGACCCAUCACCCGUUUGUUUGUCAUUGCUAAUCGCGGUCUCGCCAACCUCGUACAAGACUUAAUCUUGCGUUUGGCCCAAACUAGCGAAAGAUUAGUCAAUUUCAAGGCUCGUCUUGUUACAUCUCUCAUCUAAGCAAAUUACAUCGCCAUCGUAAUUUAAUCCACCUCGCUCAUGCAACACCUUCACGCAUUGUUACCACUAUUGUAAAAAACAAGCAUGGAGCUCAUUAUUAUAAAUUAAUUUAUCAGUUUCUAUUUUUGUUAUUUUUUAUUUAAAUUUUUUGUAUAUAGUGAUAACUUUCUUUUCGCUGUUCUUUUAACACGUCAUCAUGUGGUCGUCUUGCCAUUUCUUCCUUAAAUUUUGUUAUUCUUUUUCUACUUCUUCACUAGCUUUAAAUUUUAGCGUAAGUCUCUCUGUUAAAUUUAGCUUCGCAGUAUAAAUUACCAGAUGUAUAUAACCUGAACAAUUGCUCAGUUUGAACUUACUACAUGGAAAUGUAAAUAGAAAUUUCUUCAUCAUGGUGUAGAUUAUUGUCUAUUUUGUGUCUCUGUAAGUAGUGUACAUAAUUUAAAAGGAAACACAGGUUUAAAAAUUUUGAUUUUUUUAUGAAAGUUACUGUAUGUUGUAUUUUUUAUAGUAAUUAUAUUAAAAAUACAAAAUUCUUUAAAAAA